ACCCCUGGCCCAGAGGGUAGGUGGUUGGGAGCAAGGUGUGAUCUCGGACUGGGUCUGAGUCAGGUCCGGCCGCGCCCUAUCCAGGGCCUCCAUCCUCCCCUCCCGCUGGGAACAGACUUGCUGUGUGACCGCAGUCUCUGCCCCAGGAGGGCCAAGUUCCUUGACAGCAACAUCUGGGCACAGAGGAAGAUAGGGAUAGAUGAUAGCACUUUGAUAGGAGGGUGUCUUCCAGUUGUGGCCUCCCCUGUGGCCAGGUUGCCCUUUCUUUCCCCUCCCAGCCUGGAGGGGCUGUGGAGUUGAGAUCUCAGUAAGGAGGUGGUAUAAAUUUGUUAACGUCUUUCCAAGGUACAAUCUUUCAUACUUAGGGUGCGUGGGAGUGGACUUUUGCUGCUGGAUGGUGGCUUUUUUUGUAAUCCUUCCAGUGAAAGCUUUGGACGAUCUCGCCCUACCUUAGCUCCUGGAUUUCUAGUAAGACAUUCAAAGCUCAUGGCUUCCUUGUAAGACAUUGUGGCCAUGUGUCUCACCCGACCAUUUCAGAAAAUUGUUCGUUGGUGGCAUGAGCUGUGAUACCAGCCUGGGGAUAAACUGUUGUGCUUUGUAUCAGAAGAGUGCUAGUUUAAUUUUUUUUUUUUUUUAAACGCUGUGAGAACUGUGACCAUGUUUUCUAAGAGGUCAGAUAAUGAAAAUGAGAACGUUUAUACCACUAACGCAAGCAUGAUCCCAUCACCGAGAAAGAAGGCUAAACGACUGUUAUUUUAACGACAAAUGGAAGGACACAUACAAUUGGAUCAGGGACGUAAAUAACCCACACAGAGCAUCCUACACAUUGUGCGGGAAAGAAUUUGGGAUUGGGCAUGAUGGAGAACAGGAUGUGAAAGCGCAUUUCGAGACAAUCUCACAAGUCCAGAAUGAGACAGGCAAGUGCCUCCAAACCAACCAAAGGUGUUGUCUUUUUGGGAAAUGAAAUCAGCAUUCACCCAAAAGUAGCAGCUGGUGAAUUAGCAUGGGCGUCCUACACAGACAGACAUGCCUUGUCCUAUGGCUGCCUUGAUUGCUCUAUGAAACUGAGUAAAGUCACUUUUCCUGAUUAAGAGGUUGUGACCAAAAUAUUCUGUGGGCAAACAAAAGGAGAAAUUUUGAUAACAGAUGUGUUGUCCCUUACAGUGUAGAGCUGAUUUUGUCAUCUCUCACCAACCACCAUGCUUUCUAUAGUGUAUCAGCUGCAAGCCAUGCACCAAAUUAUGGCAACAAACAAAUGUUCUUUCUAGCUCUCGGGUACUUUGACUUGAAAAAUGGAGUUUCACAUCGUCUCCUGGAUUUCUAUGAGGAUUUUAAUGAAACUGCCAAAAUCAUAAAACAAAAGGCUGUUGGUAUUUUGCCCAAAUACAAACUAGACUUAGCUCAUCUACCUGCAUAUUCGUCAGAUAGCGCAAAUGUAAAUUUUGGCAAAUUCCACUCAGUCUGUAAACUUCCUUCCAAAGAAAAUAAAAAGAUCUUACAUAUUCGAUGCUCUGCACAUCUUGUAUACAGCACUGCUAAAAAGAGUUGUGAUUUGCUUAAAUGUGAUAUUGAGACUUUCAUAAUGAAAGUUUUGGGUCACUUUUCAGUUUCCUCAAAAUGUGCAGAAGCACCUAGUGAGAUUUUUGCCUUUAUAGAGAUGGAAGGAGAUAACCUCUUUAGACACAUGCCUACCAGAUGGCCAACACGGCUGGCAGCCAUAGAAAAGAUGCUAAAAUGUUGGCCUGCCGUAAAAUCGUAUUUUCAAAGUGUGGGGCAAGAAGGAUGUCCUUCUUAGAUUUGGAAAUAUAUUGAGGAUGAGAAUGGAGAAGAGGAUUACAGUAGAACAGAAAUUUAUAUGCCGUUUCUCCAGAACUGUUUGAUGAUCUUUGAAGGGACCAUAUGGAGUCCUGAAAAGGGUGAAUUGACUGCACCUGAGCUGUUCGAUGUCCUGUACAGGUUGAGACACACACUCAUACAGUGGAAAGGUGAUUCAUUUUGGGGAAAUAAGACUGCUUCCGAAAUGAAAAAAAAAUGUCACUAGAACAGGGCAACCAAGUUAAACAGGACUUUCUUAAUUUCUUCACUAAAACUGUAAUUUAUUUGGACUCUAACUUCGAUUUCACCAGUUCAAAUUAUCUCUGCUUUAAAGCCAUUUUCCUUGAGGAGGAGAUGUUUAACUUAACCAUGACAUCCAGCGUGCUUCAGGGUGUUUAAAAAUGACGGAUGUUGCAACCACGAAGAGCCUGUAUGAUGAAUUUAUAGAUGCAAAGGCCCUGACUGACAAGCAGCUGGACUGUCACAGCCUGUGGAUACAAAGUAGGUGGACAUUUCUGGAGAAACAGAAACGAAUUCCUACAAAUCUAAAAGCUCGCUGUUGCUAGUAAGUAAAAUCCUACGUAUUCCAUGCUCAAACACUUUUAUGGAGAGGGGAUUUACCUUAAUGUCAUCACAUUGGACUGAUCCAAGGAAUCAGUGUAAUGUGCGCGUGAGAGCAGAGCUGCAAGUCACAGUGAAUUUGACCUUUGACCGUAUCCAGUUUUACCACUACAUCAAAGAGAAGAAGGAUGUCCUAAAGGCUGCAAGCCGUUCAGAAAAGUGUUAUUGCAAAAGAAGAUAGAAAGAAUGAGAAUAUCCUACUGUAUCAUGGGGCAGAAAGAAAUGUCAUUUUUAAAAUUAAAUAUAGGAAAUAUCUGUUUAAUCUUAUUCAUAUUUUCCUUUUAAAGUCUUACAUUAUGUAUAUUAUUUUGAUUUACAUAUUUGUAUUUAAAAUAUCCAUAGCAUAUGAGUACAUGUAUUAAGAUAUUUGUUCAAAAUUUCUUUUACUGAUGAGCAGAGAGAGGCCUAAAUGGUAAGUAAUCAUGUGGGAUCUGAAGAGAAGAAUCGAGGACCUGAAACAGGCUUUGUUUGUUUGUUUGCUUAAAAAUCAGUAAGUCCCUUGUGACUUUGGUUUUUAUGAAUCAAUCUUCCAAAGCCAGGGUGCCCCUGGAAGAAUGGAUAUAAACUGAGUUUCUGAACAUUUGAAAAUGAGGACCAGGCUCAGGACCACAGAGCACUCACUGAGACGCAAACGUCCUUGGAGGUCCUGCCCGGGCUCUCAGCCUUGCCUUCCCUUUAUCCAAGUCCACCAAAUACAACUUAGGAAACCCUGCAUCAAUAGAGACUAGGAGUUCUGCAAAUCCAAGGAAGCCUGAGGAUAGAAAUCAGAAGAUCUGAGAACUUGGAUGGGAAAAAGAAGUUUCUGUAUUCACCAACAUCUAAGUAAAAUUUAGCAUUUCUUUCCAUUAGGAAAAUUGGCAGCAAACCACAGCAGUACUAGAAUCUGUGACUGUCAUCCCCAGGAAUCACAGAUAGUCACGUUACAGACACCUCAGAGUAUUGUUUAUGUGCACAACUACUUGGAAAUUACGACUUGAACCUUGCCAAUGGACCUGAUUGGUUUUGGUUAUGCAGCCCUGGUGACAUUCGGAAGCAUUUUGGGAUAUAAGCGGAGAGGUGGUGUUCUGUCUUUGAUUGCUGGUCUUUUUGUUGGAUUUUUGGCUGGCUGUGGAGCUUACCGUGUCUCCAAUGACAAGCGAGAUGUAAAACUGUCCCUGUUUACAGCUUUCUUCCUGGCCACCAUAAUGGGGGUGAGGUUUAAGAGAUCCAAGAAAAUCAUGCCAGCUGGGCUGGUUGCAGGUUUAAGCCUCAUGAUGAUCCUGAGACUUGUCUUACUGCUGCUCUGAGGACCUGCAGGAACUGAAAACUGAAUUUGAGUCAUUCUGCUGUAAUGGGCAGAGCCUACACUUUGUAUUGAAGAGAUAAAUUCCAAUAUGGAAUGUUCACCGUGGUCUUAUUUUAUGGUAGAAACUGCAAAAGAAACACUGUCACCUCUAAUAUGGACACUGGUUUGAGGGAUUUUUUUUUUUUUUAAACAAAUGGUUUAACUUUUCUAAUUGUCAGGUACUGGUUUCAUUAAAGAUAUUUAAUAAAUCGUGAUACACUGUU